GUGAAGAGGAGUCACGCCCGGGAUGUCGUGCACUUCUAACCACCUCCUACAGACGCGGGCGGCAGGGGGAGGCAAGGACGGACUUGGGCUUUGACCUGGGUCUUUGAGCUGCGGCUGGUUCGCGGCUUUUCCGAAGUAACGACGAACGAGGAGGACGAAUGACUUCCCAGGGCCCCCCAAGUAAGAAUGUACAUUGGCUCACGACGAAGCCUGCGGGAGCGUCAGGAAAUAUUCCAGCUGUACGAAGAUCAUGGCUUUAUGUGUACGCGAUAGAAGGAGGGUUCGGAUAUAUAGAGCAGAACAAACAUAACACGUCUGCAUUUUUAAAGCUCUCGACACUUGAUCGUCACUGUCAGUGGAACUUGAUCUAAAACCUGAACCUAAACUUGAAUCCGACCAGGA